GUUGGAAUAAGUCACGUGACCGUUAGCGAGAUCUUUAAAAUUUGUAAAAUAAAAAUGUUUUGAUCUGAUUGUUGUUCAACGAUUCUGCAGCGUCUUUAGCAAAGGUGAUUGGGUAACCUGCAAUAGGCUAGCUGGUUAGACCAGCUGCUCGGGUGCAACAAUGACAACACGUGCAAGGAGCAACCGAAAUAAUGAUGACAUGGUUGACUUGGGAGGGUUUCUACAGAGCUACAUUCCAACAUUAAACAUUGGGGCUGAAGUACCUCCUUUGCAAAUACAGCCUUUAGACAUACCAGUUGAUUCUCCUGGGGAGCGCCAGGAUGUCGAGAAUGCAUUGCCAGAAAAUUCCCAAAUUUAUAAGACACUAAACAUUCCAUGUGAAAGUUCAAAUCAGAGUGCAGCAGAACGCAUAAAAUCUUUGCUAAAUAAGGACAAAUUUAAAGUACGACCUUCUAGACUUCCCACAAUGCCUGCAAAAUAUAAUGCAGUCAAGAAAUGGUUAUUAAAGCGCUACAAAAUAUCAACAUCAAAAAAUUCUCAAGAAUAUGUGCUCUGCUAUGAAAUUGAACAAGCCGUUAUGAAUGCAUUCCCAAUAAUUACAAAGUAUAACGUAGGACGUGUUAUACGAUUCACAUUCCCAUGUACAAAAAGAGUAUCCAAUCAGAGGGGAGUAUUUUAUCAGCCAAUCACAUUGAAGAACUCCACUGACCUCCCUGAUAAACCAGAAAAGGUUGCUAACAAACCUUCAAGGAUGAAUAUAUCCAAACUGUGGAAGUUCAAAAAUAAAAAUUCAAAUAGCUUUGUUCCAAAACGUCUUUCAAAGCUUUCAAAGAAUGUGCGACGCAGUGCAAGACUCUCCUCGAAACCCUCAAAGAAUUUUGCUGAUGUUGAUCUUGAAAGUUCCUCAGAUUUCGGUUCUAGCAUGGGGAGUGAACAAAUGAAAUCUAUGAAACUGAAGGGAAGUAGGAACUCUCCUGGUUUUUAUAGAUAUCAUAAACCACUUGACAGCGCUCAACUUCAGGGCCCUCAGGAAGGAGAAAAUUCUCAAAUCGACAAACAGGAAUCCUUCACGCAAAAUGAAAACUACGCAUAUGAAAAUAAAAUCGAGCCUUAUUUGAAUGAAAAUGAGUAUGCAGGUGGAGACACUGAAGGUGAUGGGAACUAUGCUCCACUUGCAGGGUCCGAUUUAGCUCAUUCCUCUAUCAGCAAGACAGUAUCUAUAAAGGCAGAACCUUGUGAUGAGGGUUACCCCAGUGAAACAUUAUGCCAUCUGAAGUCGGAAACAGAUUACUUAAAUUCAAAUAAAGAUACGGGCUUAAAUGAAGGAAAUCAUACCAGCUUAGAUAUGUCAGUGGAAAAUGCUGAAUGGGUUGAUAUAAAAGAUAUUCAUGAUAAGAAUGGUACAGAAAACUCAAAUUUGGUAAGUGGAGGGAAUAAAAGAAAAUCUGGCCCUGUGAGGAGAGUGCUUAAUGGCCAAGUGGUUGAAGAAAAGAAUCCAGUGCUGGAUACUCCACAUGUGAAAAAAUCUAAAAACAAUAUCGAAUCGUUAAAUCGUGAGCUUAACAAGGCCAAUACAGUAAUCUCACAGUUGAAAACUCAUAUACAGAAAAAGGAUGCCCAGUUGUAUAAUUUGUCGCAACAUUUUCAGAAUUUAUCGCAACAGUUUCUAGAUAUGGCUAGCCAGUUUCAGGCAGUGGUAAAUGAACGCUGUGAGGUGGAUUUAGAUGACUGUUAAUAAUUGUUGUUUUUAUGUACAAUAGAGUGAAUUCAGCAAUUCUCCUGAGUAUUGAAGCAGCUUUGUGCUUUUUGUCAAAAUUGGUAAAAUUAGAAGUCACUGCACUUGCUUCAAGUCGAGUGACAGUUCUCGUUAAAUAAAUUGUUUAUGUGUUGAAUUUAGUACAAAACAUGAGAUGGCCCACAAUAUUCAUUGUCCUAGAAUGAUUUAUAAACUCCAUUUAAUUUUUGGAUGAUUACUUGGGCUUGAAAAAUUACAGACUUUUGUGAACUAUGGUAUCACCAUUCUACUCCAUUUUUGGAGUUAUUGGUUUAUUUAAGUGUUGUUUCAGUUUGCAUUUUUGUGAUUUAAUCUCAGGUGCCAUUUGAUAUUGCAGGUAAUUACAACAGUAUUGUAAUGUUUUGAAUUAUUAAAACAGUGAUUCGUGGCUGAUCCACUUGCUUUGGUCUACUGUGGUGUUUUUUAAUACAAUACAGUAAUAUCCAUUGUGUUCAGAUUGUUAAUUAAAUGAAUUGAAAUGUUGUCAUGUUCUCCUACUUCAGUGUUUCGUGUCACUUAAACGUUUCAGUCAUAUUUAAAGUCAUUUAUGAAUUCUGUUCAAAUAUACAAGUCUGUUUAUGUAUAAU